ACGUCAUCGACCCGCGUCCUGAUAUCUACGUCAAUUUUCGGUUUAUAAUCAGCUGUUUUUCAGGACCAACGACCACACCGAGAGCGUUUUCAAGAUGAGCAGUGAAAAAUACCCCAGGUCUUCGAUUGAAGAUGACUUCAACUAUGGCACAAAUGUUGCUACAGCCAGUGUCCAGAUACGAAUGGAUUUCCUCCGGAAGGUGUACACCCUCCUGAGUUUGCAGAUCCUUCUAACGACGGGAACGUCAGCCCUUUUUAUGUUCUGUCAGCCCAUCAAGGACUUUGUCCAUGCCAGCCCUGCUAUUGUUUUGGGUUCCGCUCUGGGCUCUCUGGUCCUGCUUCUGGCCUUGGCCGUGUACAGACACAAGCAUCCCGUCAACCUCUACCUGCUGCUUGUAUUCACUUUGCUUGAGGCGAUCUCAGUGGCCACUGCUUUGACCUUCUACGAAUAUUCCACCGUGCUCCAAGCCUUGUUCCUGACCUGUGCCGUGUUUGCCGGACUGACCGCCUACACCUUCCAGUCCAAGAGAGAUUUCACCAAACUGGGAGCAGCCCUUUUUUCCGCCUUGUGGAUCCUCUUGAUUGCAGGCGUUAUGAGAGUGUUUUUCAACAGUGACAGCACAGAGCUGCUGUUCGCCGGGGCGGGGGCGCUCGUCUUCUGCGGUUUCAUCAUCUAUGACACCCACCUGCUGAUGAAGCAGCUCUCCCCCGAGGAACACAUUUUGGCCUCAAUCAAUCUCUACCUGGACAUCAUCAACCUCUUCCUUCAUAUUUUGCGUAUCCUGGACUCGAUGAAAAAGCACUAAAAAGGCCAAUGUCUGUUUUAAAGUCUUGAAUUGGAUUAAUUCCCAUAACAGAUUGUGUUUGGAUAUAACCUAUUAUAAAUUGAAAAUCUAUUGUCAACAGAUUUAAAUACUGUUAUUUGAUGGAAUGUCUUUAUGUGUGCCUGUUUUGAAUUGUAUUUAAUUGCUCAAAUGUAUUUGAAAAGAAAUCGGUAUUUGUGCAAUAUUUAACAUGUGAUGCUUGUGCAGGUUUGAUCAGAUUACAUUGUUUACUUGAGCUUUCAACAAUGUUUUCUUAAGUCUGAAUAUGGGAUACAUUAUGUGGGUUUAAUGACAGUUUUUGUGUUCGGGCAUUGUAACCUAAUUUCUCACAGUGUGGGGCAAAUAAAAGAUUAUCAUAAAUUUCAAACCAAACAA